GUAGAAUUGUCGGUUUUAACGCGCUAGUGAAGUGAACUCCUGAAGUGUGAUCCAAGUGAAAAUGACUUACUUAGAUUGAGGACAACAAUUUUGCAUGACAAUUGAUAGAUUAUUUAACAAUAUUUAAUAACGAUAAUAAGUCAACAUUAAUUCACAUAAUCUUCCAAAUUCCAGUUAUAGCAACACCGAAUACCCGGAAGCACAUUGACAGAUAACAAUUGGCAUUGAAAAUAUAAAUAAGCUCGUAUUUCGUUAAUUUCGUGAAUGAAAUACAUUGUAAAGCUGAAUUUGUAACCUGAGUCUCUAUUUUCAGCACGAGGAACGGAUAAAACUUUACCUCCUUGACUCCAAUAAAGCCUGUCUUCAAUAGUGCACAGUUCUUCGUAUCAAAUAAAUGAUCAGUAACUAUUUAAAGACCCGGCUGAAUCGACGGCAUUCAUUCGUAUCAUUUAUUUGAGCCAAUAUAAAUUACAGUCAUUGAUACUAAUAUAAACUGAAAUACGAUAACAUGAGUGGAAGUAUAAAGGAGAAGCAUCAUUUCGACGACGCGCUGGAGACGAGCGGUUUCGGCAAAUACAAUUACUGCAUGCUUAUAAUAUGUUGCCUGUUAAUAUUAACCAUGUAUAUGGACAUUUUCGGCUUCUCCGUUCUGUUGCCGAGUGUGGCCUGCGACUUUGCUUUGACCAACACACAACAGGGGCUGCUAUCUGCUAUACCACUUAUAGGUAUUAUGUUUUCUUCAUACGCUUGGGGUUUGAGCGCUGACACCCUAGGUCGCAGAAGAACCCUACUCAUUGCAAUGCCUAUAGGGUCAUGCUUCAGUUUCUUCACCAGUAUAGCACCGAAUUUUGUGACUUUGUGUGUGCUUAAAUUUUUUUCGGCUUGCUUCUUGUCAUCAGCAAAUGCAGCGGGAUUCGUCCUGUUGGGUGAGAGUGUUCCAGCGCACCAUAGAAGUCAAUUUAUGUUUCUUAUGGCAAGCGCAACUAUGAUUGGCCAGUUGGCUAUUUGCAUUCCAGCACUCAUCGUCCUGCAAUUCACAUUUCACAUUGAAGUAGCCUGGCUGAGCCUGGUCUACCGGCCCUGGAGGCUGCUCCUCCAGACCCUCAGUGUUCCCGGUCUAUUGGUAGCCCUCGGAUUGUAUUUCCUCGAGGAGAGCCCCAAAUUUCUCCUCAGCAAGGGACACGAAGAUAGAGCUAUGAAAGCUUUGAAGAGGAUUUAUGUUUGCAAUACAGGGAAGAACGAAGACUCUUACCCAGUGUCCUCCGUGUUCUUAGAAGCAUCAGAAAUGAAGACAGAUGUAAAAAAGUCGCCGAUACAAAAGAUAUGGGACCAAACCGCUCCGCUGUUCAAACCGCCACUAUUGAAGAAUUCACUCAUGCUCUAUUUCAUCUUAUUGUGCUCGUAUAUGACUUCCACAGGGUUCACAAUGUGGGUGCCCACUAUAACCAACGCCUAUUUCAAUGGAGAAACCAAUGUGACAGGGAUGACCUUCUGCGAGGUUGCCAGCAACGCCGCCAGUAAAACUGCAUACAAAAACCAUACGUUGGCGGCAAGCAUAGAUUGCAACGAAGUGGUCAAACCGAAGGCGCUCUACGCCGUGAUGGUCUACUCCGGCCUCUGCGGUCUGCUCAACCUGAUCCUAACCUUCAUUGUCAAGCCCUUGGGAAAGAAGAAGACCACACUAUUGAUCAUCAUUAUCACUCUAGCGAGCGGAUGCUUUCUGCUGUUCGUGAAGAUACCGAUGGUCAGCAUCGUGCUGUUUUUCUUCUUCCCCUACGUUGCUCUGAUCUUGGGGAACAUUAACACGUACUUGGUGGAACUUAAUCCGACUUAUUUAAGAGGCAUGGCGACGUGCCUGUCGGUGGUGGUGGCGCGCGGCUUCGGUUUCAUCAGCGUGCAAGUGAUCGCCAUGAACAUGGCCGACCACUGCUUCCCGAUGAUCACCAGCUACAUUCUACUCGGCUUCUUGGGCCUGAUCACCGCCUUCUUCCUGCCGCCCGACGAGAAGAAAAUAGAGAAGAUAUAGUUUAUUACGAAUGGAGAAAGAGAGACGUUAUUCCCAUUCUAAUUCAAGAUAUUUAUUUCACUUCGUAUAGCUGUGAGAAAUAUUUUCCGUUAUUUGUCUUCUCCGUUUAAAACUUCCCUAAACGACGUCAAAUAUUUAAUAACUGCAUAUCGGCCCAGCCGUUCUCGAGGUCGCUUCACCUACAGGUGGUACAAACAUACAUUUAUGUAUGUAACCGACUCCCUUAGACUAAAUUAAGAUGCAUUUCUUUUAAUCCCUACUUUGAACACUUAUGAAGGAUCUGUGACGAUAAAAUGAUUUCAUAGUUAUAUCUUGUUAUCCUGAUCCUAAGAGCAAGUGAGACAAUUGAGUUGGUUCCAUGAUUAAAUCGUGCAUUUUUAUUGUUUUUAAAGUAUAUUUAUUUUAUAUAUAUAUAAAGAAAACUUUCAAUUACUGCUGACAUUUCCCAGUUUUCCAACGCAUAUAUUUUUACGAUUAUAAAUCACAUAGAAAUUUAUGUGUAAUCAAGAGAUUACUGUGAGUAUUCUUAGAUAAUGGAGCCACUUCAAAAUUCCCUUUUUAAUAUUAUGACUGUUAGAAGUACUUACGUAGGAUUGUUUUAAGAGUUGUAAUAACCCAGGGAAAUCUAUUUUGAUAUAUUUGAUUGUAUGAAACUAUAUUAUAUGUGCCAUACAAAUAUCAACUUUAAUGCACUUGCAUAUAAUGCUGAUAAUGCGGCUCCUUAGUUUGAACUAAAGAUUCAAAAUAGAGAUAAAAUCAACAAUAUAUUAAAAUUCUUAUCCUUAAUGGAGUUUUUUAUAUGUUUUGAUUUAUUUUGUAACUUAUAGUAACUGACGUCGCAAUCACAAAGUAGGUUGUCAAUUAGCUUUUUUUUUUUGGGACUAAAAGCAUGACGUUGUGAAAACACACAAUUCGUCAACCAAUUGACAUGAUUAUUUUUGUGUUUGUUAGGAAACUAUUGUAAUUCAGUCUCAUUCUAGUAUUUUAAAAGAAGUACCUCACCAUGGGACAUUGGUGAUAUAUAUAUAAUUAAAGAAUUAUUAAUAAACCAUACAAUGAACUUUUUAAUGUUACUUCAUAUAAGAAUAUUAAAGCCAAUAAAUAUUAAUUGACGUACUUAAAUGUAUGUAUAUACGUGGUAUAAAGCCAUUGUCACUAACGAGACAAUGCAGUGAUGCAAUGUGAAAAUGUUCUAUGUAAUUUUGUUUCGAAUUAUACUUCAGGGUUCCGUAGUCCAUAAUCCAUACCCAAAGGGUAGAAAGGGAUAUAGUUAUUAACACUUCGCUGUCCGUCUGUCCGUCUGUCUGUAUAUCAGAUAAAGUUCCUGUUGCCGUAAUAAUAACAAAUUGAGGUUAAGCACCGGUUGGCACGGACAUAAAUUGAUGGGUGGAUUUUUUUUUCUAAUCUUUGAUUGGAUUGUGUCACGACUCCGACUCGCGCUUGACCUAUUUUUGUUAUCAUGUGUACUAUAUGUACUUAGCAUACAAAACGUGUACUUACUCUUUUAGGUUCUUUGUAUGUCAGAUACUGAUGGUAACCGGAAAUAAGUAUACCCGAAGAAAAGAUUCAUUUUAUAUGAUUAUUUAUAAUAUAUAGGUAUUAUAAAUAUGUAUAUGUACAUGAGUGUUAUUUUAUGUAUUUAUCUUUAUCGCAUUUUAUGUACUUAUAUUUAGUUUGUAGGGAACAUGUAUAUAUAAGCUAGGGUCCACUAUAGCACUGAGGGACAGGACAUUACCUCACUCACUCUGAGGGCCUCAUUGGUUAGCGAUGUUAUUAUUAUAGAUUUCAUUUUAUUUGUCAUAUAAUGGCAGUAGUAAUUAGAUUUGUACCAUCACAUACACAAGAUUAAGAUCCUUCCCAACCAGGUUGGCUGGAAGAAAUGCUUUUAAGCAACGAAGUCCGCCUUUUUAUUGUUUUUUUUUUCUGACGGUGCUCGUGCAAUAUAUAAUAAAAAAGUAUACCCCACUUCCAUAACACUUAAAAAAUUAGAUCUAUGAAAACGCACCAAAAUAUUGUGAUAUAUGCUUGUAUGCGCUCAUUGUGACGAUGUUAUAUAUUUAGAUGGUUAAUUAUAUAUAAUUAUUCUAUAUGCCUAUGAUAUUAUAUAAUGUAAUAAAUGUUAUUUUAUAUAAUCGUUAAACGCACCAUAACAACAUUGAAAUUUUUCGGGCAAAAAA